AUGCAUUUCUCGCCUUCACGCCUCGUCAUAGGCAUCGCCGUCUUCGUUGCUGUUAGCUUCUUCUACACCAUCAACUCGAUAUCCGCACGCGAUCCCACGUCCGUCUUCUUCAACCCACGAAAGGGCUAUACCCCACGCUAUUCCGCCAUUAGACGACAACAAGCCGAGUCUUAUGUCUCGUCCUACAACCCUGCCAACGUAACCAAGGCCGGUGACGAGAAGAAGAGGAAGCUAUGUGUGGGCAUACCUUCAUACCAGCGGGACGGCGCUCAAUACCUGCCGGACACUGUGGGCUCGCUUCUCGAAGGUCUCACGCCCGAAGAACGCCAGGAGAUAUACCUGAUCGUCUUCAUACCGCACUCGAACCCCGAGGCCCACCCUGCGUAUAACGAGGAGUGGUUGUCUGGUCUUGCCGAUGAGGUGCUGACCUACGGGUAUGGCUUUGACCGCAUGCAGUACAUUCGUAUCAUGGAGGCGCGAAACCAGUUUGUGGAGAAGGGUUUGUUCGACUACCAAUAUCUGUUGGACAAGUGUACCGAAAAGUUCACACCCUAUGUUGCUCUAUUCGAAGACGACACUGUAGCCGUGGACGGUUGGUACCACCGUACCCUCUCCGCUAUCCACGAGGCAGAGCAACAGGCAGCGUUGCAGCGUGCGAAGCCCGACUUCCUCUACUUGCGCCUCUUUUACACCGAAGAGUUCCUCGGCUGGAAUGCCGAAGAGUGGAGAACAUACCUGAAGAACUCGAUGUACGUGGCCAUGAUACCCACCGUCGCCAUCCUCCUCCUUCGUUUCGCACAGCCAACUACAAAACUCACCCUCGCCCUUAUGACCCCGCGUACUUUCCUGGCAAUGUACACCAUACUCGCCGUCCUCAUUGCUACUUAUUUCAGCCUCGGUCGCAUCACCGUCCAACCCAUGGCCGUCGGUGUCCAUGAAAUGCCUCGCUUCGCAUGUUGCAGCCAAGCCUUCGUCUUCCCCACUGUCAAAGCCGGCGAACUCGUUGAAUACUUCAAAGAACGCCAUCUAGGCUACAUGGACGUCAUCACAGAGGAUUUCGCCAACGAGAGAGGCGAGCUAAGAUAUGCAGUCACACCUCCUCUGGUCCAACACGUGGGAAGGAAGAGUUUCCAUGGUGACGACAUUGGCACGAUGAGCAAGUGGAUGUUGAGUGUGGCGGAAAAGACGUGGAGUUUUGCCUUUGAGAAGUUUGACUGGAGGGCGUUGAGGAGGGAGCAUGAGGAGGUUGCUAGGUUGAGGAAUGAAGCCAAGGAUGCGUCUGCUAAUGGGCUGGAAAUAUAG